CCCGUCCGCCCCGGAGGGCCUGGGGGCUGGUGGGGCCUCUCUGUCGGCCUGGACAUGGUUCGCGGUUUGGGGUUCACAGUGCCGGGGCUGCCGCUGUCACCGGGAGACGGAAAAGUGGCUGGUUAGAGCCUCGGCGGCUGCCGGAGCGGGGGGGCCGCUGCCUAAGGAGGGAUGCGGCUGCUCCCCGCUGCGCUCUGCUGGCUCCGAGGGCUCAUCCCAGGUUUGUCAGUGAAUGCACCAAUGGAACCGGGGAGCAGCAGUGCUGAGAAAUUUUAUAGGAUUCCUAAAGGAAAGGGACCACACUCAGUUGGAUGCACAGACCUGAUGACAGAAAAUGCAAUUGAGGGAAGCUUCUUGCGCCUAUAUUAUCCAUCAUGCAGUGCCACGGAUAAUGAAGAGGCACCAUGGAUUCCAGAUAAAGAAUACUAUCAGGGACUCUCUGACUUCCUUAACAUGUAUCGAGUUGUAGGAGAAAGGCUUUUCCAGUACUACGUUGGUUCAGUGACCUGUCCUGCAAAGUCAAAUGCUGCUUUUAAGAUGGGAGAAAAAUACCCACUCCUCAUUUUUUCCCAUGGACUUGGAGCUUUUCGGACCAUCUAUUCUGCUAUUUGCAUAGAGAUGGCUUCUCAAGGCUUUGUAGUGGCUGCUGUGGAACACAGAGAUGAAUCUGCUUCAGCAACAUAUUAUUGUAAAAAAAAGUCCAUUUCUGAACCACAGGAAGAGUCUGCGUCAGGCCUGGAGAAGGAGUGGAUCUACUACAGGAAAUUGAAAACUGGAGAGGAAGAGCGUUGUUUGCGCCAUAAGCAGGUGCAGCAGAGAGCACAGGAGUGUAUCAAAGCUCUCAAUCUCAUCCUUAAAAUCAAUUCAGGAGAGGAAGUAACGAAUAUGCUAAAUUCAGACUUCGACUGGAAUAGCCUAAAGGAUUCUGUUGAUACUAGCAGAAUAGCUGUGAUGGGACACUCUUUUGGUGGUGCUACAGUUAUUGAGAGUCUCAGCAAAGAAAUAAGAUUCAGGUGUGGCAUUGCCCUCGAUGCAUGGAUGCUUCCAGUUGGAGAUGACAUUUACCAAAACAGUGUCCAGCAACCUCUGCUUUUUAUCAACUCUGAAAAAUUCCAGUGGGCUGAUAACAUCUUAAAGAUGAAGAAGCUCAGCUCCAAUGACACAAACAAGAAAAUGAUUACUAUCAAGGGGUCAGUACAUCAGAGCUUUCCUGACUUUACCUUUGUGAGUGGAGGACUUAUUGGAAGAUUUUUCAAACUAAAAGGAGAAAUAGAUCCAAAUGAAGCUAUUGAUAUAAGCAAUCAUGCAUCAUUAGCCUUCCUGCAGAAACACUUGAGUCUUAAGAAAGAUUUUGAUCAGUGGGAUUCUCUUGUGGAUGGCAUAGGACCCAAUGUUAUUCCUGGUACCAAUAUUGACUUACCUCCAGCUGAACCUGAAUAAGGAAUACAAAGAAGUACUGAAAAUGCUACAGACAUCACAACACUAAUAUUGGCCAGACAAUUCUCAGACACAUGAUAACGUUGGCCACCUACACAGCUUUUGGGGUGUGGAACAAAAAAAGAAAAAAAAUAAAAGAGAUAAGGCAUUAGUUUUUAUUAUCAUCAAAAUGUAGAGAGAUUUAGUUCAAAUGAGUCAGUGGGAUUCUCUGAAACACUGCAACAGGGUAACUUCUGCUUGUAGGCAGCCGAGGGGAAAUCAUUUGAUGGUAAUUUAAACUCUCUGGUUUUGAUUUAUAAUCAAGUUUGCAGAGCGUUAAGCUUUAAGGAAUACAGCUGAAGUUGUGUUUACCAAGGUUUAAGUCAGUCUGCAUCCAGCAAACUUUUUUUGCAGUGGAAGAAAAAAAAAGAAAUCUCUGAUUUGUUAUUAAACCACUUUCAACUGUUGUCAGAGCACAGCUGAAAUACAAAGUUGGAGCAGGUUUUUGCUCCUCCUAAGUCGGAGAGGUACCAGAUGAAGGGUUUCAACACUGUCUUAUUUUAGUAAGCCCCAGUAAAAGCUACACGAAUUAUCUUAAUGUAACAGAAGUGUUUGUUCAGACACAGGAUUUCUCAUAUGAGCUCAAUCCACUUACAUUUAAGAUCUGUGUUUACUACGAUACUUUGAGGCUGUUUCCAUUCCAAAAGCUGCUGAAAUGGUCACUCUUGUUGUAUCAACUACAAUUCCCCUUAGUCAAAGCUCCAAGCACUGCCACUCUUGCUGUCUGAAUUACCACUGUCAGUCAUACUGUUGUAGGUGAAAUUACAGAAGAGUUGUGUCACUUUUACCACUCCCUUUAGAAAGGAGUAAUUAAGCAUUGCUUGAUCAUCUUGAUGUUUCUGUCAUGGAUGUACUACUCGGACACUCAUCUUUGUACAGGUACUUGCUGUCUGUAUCUGUCAGUAGAAGCAGUUGACUAUGUGGUUUGCUAACAGAAGCUCUGGUUUUUAGAGCAAAACUCCUUGAAGCUGCCACCUGGAAGAGCAACUUCUAAAUGAAUAAACCUUGCAAAAGGGGGAGUACUUCUAA